UACACACUCUUUUUUUCUCUCUUUUAGAACUGACAUUCACACCAUUUUUUCACCCUAAUUAAUAAUCAUCUCUCUCUUUCUGUCUCGAACCAAUCAUUCAAACAAACAGACAACCACUCGCUACCUAUUAAACCCAACUCAUCUCCCUCUCUAAUCUCAUCCAAUUCCUCUGUACUCAUCUUUUUUCUCAAAAUUUUCAUUAAUUUCUCCAAAAUGAAGCCAUUAAUGGCUGUCAUCACUGCCCUUCUCCUUCUGGGCUGCUGUCAUAUUUCAAUGGCGUCAGUACAGAACGAUGACGAUGAUAUUAAAGGUACUUACAUUGUUCACAUGGCGAAAUCUGAGAUGCCAGCGAGUUUUGAACACCACACUCACUGGUACGACUCGUCUCUUAAAUCUGUGUCUGACUCGGCUGAGAUUGUUUACACUUAUGAGAAUGCAAUUCAUGGGUUUUCGACUCGGUUAACUUCUCAAGAAGCUGAGUUGCUCAUGGCUCGACCUGGUAUUCUCUCUGUUUUGCCUGAGUUGAGAUACGAGUUGCAUACGACUCGCACUCCUGAGUUUCUUGGACUCGAUAAGAGUGCUGAUUUUUUCCCUGAGUCUGACUCGGUUAGCAGUGUGAUCGUUGGUGUAUUGGAUACCGGUGUUUGGCCGGAGAGCAAGAGCUUUGUCGAUACCGGAAUGGGUCCGAUACCCAGUACAUGGAAAGGCAAGUGUGAAACCGGUACGAACUUCACCGCCGGUAACUGUAACCGGAAAUUAAUCGGUGCUAGAUUUUUCGCUAAAGGCUACGAGGCCACGUUAGGCCCAGUUGAUGAAACUAAAGAAUCCAAAUCUCCAAGAGACGACGACGGUCACGGCACUCAUACAGCUUCUACUGCGGCUGGAUCGGUGGUGGAAGGUGCUAGCCUUCUCGGUUAUGCAACAGGGACGGCGCGUGGAAUGGCCACGCGUGCUCGGGUGGCUGUUUACAAAGUAUGCUGGAUGGGCGGCUGUUUUAGCUCCGAUAUUUUAGCUGCCAUGGACUCCGCCAUUGCUGACGGCGUUGAUGUUAUGUCCAUGUCACUCGGCGGUGGCAUGUCUGAUUAUUACAAAGAUAGCGUCGCCACCGGUGCAUUUGCUGCUAUGGAAAAAGGUAUAUUAGUGUCCUGUUCCGCCGGAAAUGCGGGACCCACUUCUUAUAGUUUAUCAAAUGUAGCUCCGUGGAUCACCACUGUCGGCGCCGGAACAUUAGACCGUGAUUUUCCGGCUUCUGUUAGUCUGGGGAACGGAAGAAAUUACUCCGGAGUUUCUUUGUUCAAGGGAAAUUCUUUGCCAGCAAAGCUUUUGCCGUUUGUUUACGCCGGUAAUGCAAGUAAUUCAACUAACGGGAAUUUAUGCAUGAUGGAUUCUUUAAUACCGGAAAAAGUCGCCGGAAAAAUUGUGUUAUGUGACCGUGGAGUGAAUGCUAGAGUUCAAAAGGGCGCUGUUGUCAAAGCCGCCGGCGGUUUAGGUAUGGUUUUAGCUAAUACAGCUGCUAACGGUGAAGAAUUAGUAGCUGAUGCUCACUUAUUACCGGCGACAUCAGUUGGUGAAAAAUUCGGCAACGAAAUUAAGAAAUAUUUAAAUUCAGAUCCAAAUCCAACGGUCACAAUUUUUUUUGAAGGCACAAAAGUUGGGAUUGAACCAUCACCUGUUGUUGCAGCUUUUAGUUCAAGAGGGCCUAAUUCAAUCACACCACAAAUUCUAAAACCAGACAUUAUAGCCCCUGGUGUUAAUAUCUUAGCCGGAUGGUCCGGUGCGGUCGGACCGACCGGUUUAGCCACUGAUACGCGGCGCGUGGAGUUUAAUAUCAUCUCCGGCACCUCGAUGUCCUGCCCACAUGUUAGCGGCCUCGCGGCAUUACUCAAGGCGGUUCACCCAGAGUGGACCCCUGCAGCUAUUAGAUCAGCAUUGAUGACUACAGCUUAUGUAACGUAUAAAAAUGGUCAGAAACUGCAGGAUGUUGCUACUGGUAAAGAUUCUACUCCGUUUGAUCACGGCGCCGGACAUGUAGACCCGGUAUCCGCACUUAAUCCGGGUCUUGUUUAUGAUCUAACGGUGGAUGAUUACUUGAGUUUUCUCUGCGGGUUAAAUUAUACAGCAGCACAAAUCACCAGUCUUGCGAGGAAGCAAUUCUCAUGCGAUUCCAGCAAGAAGUAUAGCCUUAAUGAUCUGAAUUAUCCGUCUUUUGCCGUUAACUUUGAUAGUACCGGUGGUGCUAGUGUCGUUAAACACACACGAACACUUACUAAUGUAGGCUCUGCAGGAACUUAUAAGGCUACAAUUUCAGGUCAAGCUUCAGGUGUUAAAAUCUCGGUAGCGCCUGAAACGCUGCGUUUUGACCAAGCGAACGAGAAGAAAUCGUAUACUGUUACAUUCACAGGAAGCAAAAUGCCGAUGAAUACGAAUGUGUUUGCUCGUUUAGAGUGGUCGGACGGAAAACAUAUCGUUUCGAGUCCGAUUGCCGUUAGCUGGACUUAGAAUGCUGCGGAUUCCGAAAUCGGAGGAAUCGAAGAAAUCGGGUUUGUCCGAUCAUGAUCAUCCUGCUCUGUCUCUCAAAGAGAGAAGAGUAAAACUGGUAACUGCUUAGUGUUUGAAUUCUGAAUUUCGUUAUAAUGUUAGAUCCAGCAAAUAAUGGAAAUGUGGAUACAAGUGUUUGAUAAUGUUCCCUGAGAGAGAAGACAAGAAACCAUUAGAAAAAAGUUUAAAGGGUUGUUUUCUAUCUUAGUGUACAGUGUUAUUGAUAUAUACUAUGUAUUUCAUUCCAUUCCUAAUUCAUUAUUGCUCAAGAUUUACUCA